UCUCACUUCGAUGCUAUUAUUUUUCCACCAAAGAAUUUGACUCGCGAAUUCAGACCAAGUGUCCGAACGAGAAGUCAGAUUUAUAUUUUCACCUCUUUGACGUCAUCGCGCAUGGCACCAGUUUGCGAUGAGUUUAAUGACAAUUUUUUCAACUGGACUCUCACCUAUAGGCUGGACUCGCACAUACCAUGGACCUACUUUUCCAUAAGGAAUAAAUCAGGAGGUAUCGUAGCUCCGAGUCUCGAUGUGAUUUGGGAAGAUAAUUACUUGUACACAUCGACAACGAUCAAGCCAGUUUUAAAAAGCAUACUUUCAAAAAAAACUAAAGCAGUCGUUUGGAUUGUGACAUUAUGCCCGAGUAAGAGUUUCAUUGAAAAUUACUUGCUUAUUUUACAGACAGUAUUAGUGUAUUUUUCGUUGAAAAUUGACUUGUACGGAGAAUGUUCUUAUAAGAAGUGCCCAGAUAAUGAUUGCCCGAAACUAAUAAAAGAGAACUACCUCUUUUACAUGGCAUAUGAAAAUUCAAUAAUUGAAGAUUACGUGACGGAGAAAGUUUUAUAUGGAUAUGAAAAUUUUGCAGUCCCGAUAGUAUAUGGGGGAGCUAAUUAUUCUAGAUUCCUACCCCCAGGUUCCUACGUAAAUGCAAAGGACCUUAACCCCUACGACUUAGCGUUGAUCAUCUAUUCAGCAGUGAUUAAUCGAACUGACUACGAACAAUAUUUUAAAUGGACAAAUCAUUACAGUGUAGAAGCGUCACCUAAGGAUUAUCACCCUCUAUGCGAUUUAUGUGCGGCGCUUCACACUGACUUCGCCAAGAACGCACCCGCUAUAAAGAACUUUAGAAAAUGGUGGAUGGGCAAGGAUGGCAUGAAAUGGUGUCUACCUGAACAUUAUAAAGAUGAUGACUGGAAAAGUAGUUCAAAGGUUAAUACAAAGCUUACUGUAGUUGCUAAAAGGAUUUACUGCAAUUUGUACCGAAAAUUUAAACCAAGAAUCACUGAUUCAAUGAAAAAUGAUGCUUAUUAUUUCGAAGAAUCUUCAUCCUAACAAAUAAUUUUGUAUAGAUUUAC